AUGAGUUAUAGGCGUUCUAUUGUAGUUAUAAGUGGACCAAAAGAGGAAGAGGGGGAAGAUGAGCUCCAACAGAGAUAUAAUGACCAACUCGCAGAUAUGAUGGUACACACCAAAUUCCAAGAGUCAUUGGCCAACGUGACAAGAGAACUGCAUACAAUAACGGAACAAAUUUACAUAUAUCAACAACCUGAGGUGACACAAGAGGUUGUGGUUUCUGUGUUACCUAAUAUACUGAUUUCCCUAUUGAAUAGUAGGGAACGGGCUAGAAAAAUGUAUAGAGAUGCACUUACGUCGAGAAUAGCAGAACAAGAAUGGGAUAUUGAAGACCUACUUCUAGAGUUACGUAAUGAACUUGAUCGUGCAGAAGAUUUAUUGACCUUGUACCCAAGGAGAGGCUCCAUGCAUUAG